AUGGCCUCACCAGCCGGGGGCUUGACUCGCCGCAGAGGCGCCGGUCGAGUCGCUGGCGCAGAUGAACAAGAUGACAGCCGAGUGUCAUCACCAGUCUCACGCAAUGGCUCGGCCAUGGACAACCGCGGACCGGAGACCUCAUUCACCAGCGCAGAAAACGGCCACAAAAUCGCGUUCGACCCCCGCGACAUCAGCGAAAAUGAAGAACGGGGCAAGCAGCCCAAAUUGACCCUGAUGGAGGACAUCCUACUGCUGGGUCUGAAGGAUAAACAAGGUUAUCUGUCUUUCUGGAAUGAAAACAUCUCCUACGCCCUGCGAGGGUGUAUUGUUAUUGAGCUUGCGCUCCGCGGGCGUAUAAGCAUGCAGAAGGAUUCGUCGCGGCGACGCUUCCCCCUGGCCGACCGCGUCAUCGAGGUCAUCGACGAUACAUUGACUGGGGAGGUCUUGCUGGACGAGACGCUGAAGAUGAUGAAGUCGAGCGAGAAGAUGAGCGUCAAUUCAUGGAUUGAUUUACUGAGUGGCGAAACUUGGAAUUUGAUGAAGAUCGGAUAUCAAUUGAAGCAGGUCCGAGAACGACUGGCCAAGGGUCUUGUGGAUAAGGGGAUUCUCCGGACCGAAAAGCGCAACUUCCUCCUCUUCGAUAUGGCAACACAUCCUGUGGCCGAUGGCGGCGCAAAAGAAGACCUCCACCGACGGGUGCGCAACAUCUGCAGUAACCGCACUGUGAUUAUUCCUCCCAGCCCGUGGCUCCCUGAAGACUCCGAGUACCGAUACCUUCGUUCAAUCACGAUGGUCUGCGCCGCGUACGCUGCCAACGUCUUGGAGAAUGCGCUAGUCACUAUGAGCCACGAGGCUCGCGAGAGAGCGUUUGCACAGGUGGAUGAGUUGCUUGCUGAGUACUCACAAUGGCCAUUUGGCCGGAGGGCCGGCGGUUCGCAGGCCAUUGGGGCCAACCUGGCUCAGGCUAUCAACGAUGAGAUCACCAAGAACAAGGACAGAGAACUUCAGCUGGAGAUUGUCGCCGCAUGCUUGAGCGUUUUUACCAGACUUGAUUCCUUACUUUAA